UUCCCUAACAUACAUAUUGUGCUGUCUUGUUUCGUCAGUGAUGCAUAGUGAUCUUGCCUUUUUUCCCCACAAGGCAUGUUUUCACUAUAUCCCUCGUAUAUGGCUCCGGGAUUAAUUUCAUAGCCCUAAUUUAUCACUUCGAAUUUCAUUAAGCCUACUUAAUUUUACUGAUAUCCUAAACGGAUGGAUGUCCAUUUCCACCGCCUACUUGCGUUUAUUUUAGCGAAUUGGAUCGCCACCGCAAUCUGAGUUGUGCCCUCUGCUCAAGGCAAUUCCCGUCAUGACCUGUCUAUUCUUUCAAAUUCGCUAAAUGGCAUUUUCCUUCGGUACUAGUGUUCUCAAAGAAGUUAGACAUAAUUCGUUUUCGAAUCCUUUUCAUCAAAUGAAGACUACUGUGGGGAUUUGAUUAGGUUCUUCACGCACUCUUCUGUGCCUUGCGUAAACCUCAAGACGCUUGCUUCAAAGGCCUGCUGAUGGGGGCGGGCAAGAGCAAGCCCAAGGAGCCAGGCCAGCGCUCACUGAGUCUCGAUGGCACCAUUGGCACGGGCUCGGACAGUGGGCACCACCACCACCUCAACUCGAUACAGCAGACCCAGACCCCCAACAGGAGUCCCGCCGUAGGGGGCGCCAGACAUGGCCACCACCCCGGGAAUGCUCCCACCAACACGCCUGAGCUGGCGCUGUUCGGUGGAGUAGACCACGCGGGUGGUAUCACCUCCCCUCACAGAGGACCACUAGCAGGAGGUGUCACUACAUUUGUGGCACUCUAUGACUAUGAAUCACGGACUGCCUCAGACCUGACCUUCAAGAAAGGCGAGCGGCUGCAGAUCAUCAACAACACGAGAAAGUACAGCUUCAGGGAAGGGGACUGGUGGCUGGCUCGCUCUCUGACUACCGGAGAAAGUGGUUACAUCCCCAGCAACUAUGUGGCCCCCUCUGACUCCAUUCAAGCAGAAGAGUGGUAUUUUGGGAAAAUAACUCGGCGCGACUCAGAGAGGCUCCUUUUGAGUUUACAGAACCGACGAGGCACCUUCCUGGUCCGAGAGAGCGAGACCACCAAGGGGGCCUACUGCCUGUCCGUGUUGGACUACGACAACACCAAAGGUCUCAACGUCAAACAUUACAAGAUACGCAAGCUAGACAGCGGUGGUUUCUACAUCACCUCACGCACCCAGUUCAGCAGCCUGCAGCAGCUGGUCUACCACUAUCAUAAGCAUGCAGAUGGACUGUGCCACUGUCUGACAGAGGUGUGUCCGAUGCUGAAGCCUCAGACCCAGGGCCUGGCCCGCGACGCCUGGGAGAUAUCCCGGGAGUCCCUCCACCUCGACCUCAAACUGGGCCAGGGCUGCUUCGGAGAGGUCUGGAUGGGGACAUGGAAUGGUACAACGCGGGUGGCCAUCAAGACCCUGAAGACGGGUACCAUGUCCCCAGAGGCCUUCCUCCAGGAAGCCCAGGUCAUGAAGAAGCUGAGACACGAGAAACUGGUGCAGCUCUACGCCGUGGUGUCUGAGGAACCCAUCUACAUCGUCACCGAGUACAUGAGCCAAGGUAGCCUGUUGGACUUCCUGAAAGGCGACACGGGCAAGCUGCUACGUCUACCCCAGUUAGUGGAUAUGGCAUCUCAGAUUGCAGCAGGGAUGGCAUACGUAGAGAGAAUGAACUACGUCCACAGAGACCUCAGGGCUGCCAACAUCCUGGUCGGGGACAACCUGGCAUGUAAAGUGGCCGACUUCGGUUUGGCCCGCCUCAUAGAGGACAACGAGUACACUGCUAGACAGGGUGCCAAGUUCCCCAUUAAGUGGACCGCGCCAGAGGCUGCACUCUACGGACGCUUCACCAUCAAGUCAGAUGUCUGGUCAUUCGGGGUCCUGCUCACUGAACUGGCCACUAAAGGCAGAGUCCCAUAUCCAGGAAUGGUGAACCGGGAGGUGUUGGAUCAGGUGGAGCGUGGCUACCGGAUGCCCUGCCCUGCUGAGUGCCCAGCCUCCAUGCACGAGCUCAUGCUCACCUGCUGGAGGAAGGACGCAGAGGAGCGGCCCACCUUCGAGUACCUGCAGGGCUUCCUGGAGGACUACUUCACCUCCACUGAGCCCCAGUACCAGCCUGGGGAGAACCUAUAAGGCUCAGGGACAUCUCCCCC